AACUGCUCGCUUUUUUCUCCCUCUCUCUCUUCUGCAUAAUGCGACUGCACGUCCUGAUGCGUGUGCACGGGAGUCUUUGAAACCGCUUUACGGGCUUUGUAUCAACUCCCAGCUCGCGCACGCUGACACAUCGACGUGCGCGACACUUGAAUUGUUGUGAAUGUGUUGUUACUGUCGCGCGAUCCAACUUUGCGUAAUUUCUGCUGUUUUUUUUUUUUUUGCGGCAGCCUGGGAAGGAUCUGGACAUUUAAUUUUGAAUUACGCCUCCUCUGCUGCUCGGGACAUUUCUCCACCUCUUCUUCGCUUUUCUUUCGGUUUUGGUCGAUAAAUGUGCCGCUCGUGAGAAGUUGAUCUUGACGGCUGAUGUUCUUUGCGACUUUUCUGCGAUCCGGACAAUAAAGAUGCAGAGCUGUAUUUCCCACUCACCCCCAACCAUAGCUGUUGGGACUGGGUGAGGAGGAGAGAAGACAAGAGGAGAGAGAAGGAGAGGAGAGACUGACGCAUAGUGAGCGAAGGGAAGUGCAGAGACAAAAGAAAGACAAGUAGAAUUAUAAGAGAUUUUGGCUUACCUCCAUGUUACUGCUUGAUCUUCAGCCCUUCCUGUGAGCUGUCAGACGCCUUCUUUUCCCACAAAACCCCCACAACUUCCCACGUUGAGCCUGCGAGGCAGGGGAGCCACAAGUGAGUUUUCAUGGCAGCGGCACUCUAGGGCUGCCAUGGCAGCUGCUGCCGCCGAUGCCUCACACCGUAUUACCGCACUGACGCUGGAGGAAGAGGGACGACGGACUGCCGUCAAACUGUUUGGGAGCGCCGCCCCGCUGCCACGGACAGAGAGAGAGCGAGAGCGAGAGCGAGAGAGGGGGAAAGAGAGAGAGAGGGAGAGGGGAGGAGAGGGUGAAGAGAUAGGGAGAGCGAGCGAGAACGAGUGUUUGGUGUGCGGGGCUCUGUUCGCCUCAGAGGAGAAGCUGCGGGUCCACGCCCUGAGUCACACGGGAGAGAAACCCUUCCGCUGCUCGCAUCCACACUGUCCCAAGGCCUUCAGCUCCAAAUACAAACUCUUCAGGCAUAUGGCCACACACUCUCCACAGAAGACCCAUCAGUGCUCAUUCUGUGAGAAAAUGUUUCACCGCAAAGACCACCUGAAAAACCACCUGCAGACCCAUGACCCCAACAAGGAGGCCUUCAAGUGUGAGGAGUGUGGGAAGCACUACAACACCAAGCUGGGAUACAAGCGUCAUAUGGCUAUGCACUCUGCCACGGCAGGGGAUCUCACCUGCAAAGUGUGCAUGCAGAGCUACGAGAGUACGCCUGUUCUCCUGGAGCACCUCAAGAGCCACUCCGGGAAGUCGUCAGGUGGCACCAAGGAGAAAAAACACCCGUGUGACCACUGUGACCGUCGCUUCUACACAAGGAAGGAUGUGAGACGGCACAUGGUGGUCCACACAGGCCGCAAGGACUUCCUGUGCCAGUACUGUGCCCAGCGCUUUGGCAGGAAGGACCACCUGACACGCCAUGUGAAGAAGAGCCACUCGCAGGAGCUGAUGAAGAUCAAGACAGAGCCACCAGACAUGUUAGGUCUUUUAGCUUCCGGAUCCCCGCCCUGCUCUGUGAAGGAGGAGCUCAGUCCAAUGAUGUGCGGCAUGGGUCCCAACAAAGAUCCAAUGAUGGGCAAACCUUUCCCCAGUGGGGCCCCGUUUCCAAUGGGCAUGUACAACCCCCACCAUCUCCAGGCAAUGUCUAAUACGGGGGUGGGUCACCCACACCCGUCCCUAAUGCCCAGUUCCUUGUCUGCAACUAUGGGCAUGGGCUGCCACAUGGAAUCCCCUGGACCUCUUCACCCACUCUCCCAUCACCAUCACCAUCAUCACCACCAUCACCACCACCACCAUUCCCCUCCACUGCCUACCCACCACCAGUCUCCGGGUCCCCAGCAGCAGCACCAGCCCCAGCCAGCCCACAAAUACCAGCUGGGAUCUACCUCAUACCUGCUGGACAAGCCCUUGAAAGUGGAGAUGGAGAGCUUCCUCAUGGAUCUGCAGAGUGGCUUGCCAUGUCCGGUUUCCUCUGUAGAGCCCCACGCUGCUGCCUCGCCCCCCAAGGACGGACUGGAGCCCACCUCGGGCCUGACGGAUGAGCUUUGCGGGGAUCACCUCCUGUCCAAGAGUCCUGCGAUGAUCGCUGAGUCUCUGUGUGCUGCUAACAUGGACUUCUCCCAUCUGCUGGGGUUCCUGCCCCUCAACCUGCCCCCCUACAGCGCCCCCAUGAACACGGGAGGGCUGGUAAUGGGCUACACCUCAUCUGCGACCUCCUCCUCUUCUUCCUGCUCCUCCUCCUCAUCUCUGCACGCUGCCGAGCCCCAUGCGGCAGCACCUCUUACCUCUUUGCAACCGCAACCUCAGGAGCAGCAGAGCUCCAGUGGGGGUCUGGGCCUCGGACCCAUGCACCCCCUCCCCCCAAUGUUCAGCUCGAGCCUUAGUACCACCACACUGCCUCGCUUCCACCAGGCUUUCCAGUGAGAGAGAGCCGGCCCUCGGCUCAGCCCUGCGCAGCCAUGACGGCCUCCAUGUCUGCCUCAGCUCAGCUCAGCUCAGCUCAGCUCAGCUCAGCAUGGAUAUUUUGGGUGUGGCGCUUCACAAAGCCUGAUUGAAAGGUUGGAGAAUUUGAAUUAAUAAACAAACAAAUGAACACUUAGAAGCCUUAAAUGAAAGUGCACAGCAGCUUUUGAUUGAGCCUGAAAAGGAAGUGAAACCCCUUUGAGCAAAAAAUGAAAAGGUGAGAAAAGAAGAUGAAGCAGCUUUUAUUUGGGCUUUUCCCCCCCUUAUCCUAUAGUUAUAACGAUGUAUUAACCUUUCCUUUUUAAUUUCCAUUUACCUCAACUUUUAUCCCCCUUCCAUCCCCUAUUUAGUAGUAUAGAGGGCAGGAUCAGUAGGCCAAAAGGCAUGGUACUGCAUACUUUAUCAUGUAAUAAUUAAAAAAAGUCAAAGAUAUUUUUUAGUGAAGAUUGUCUGUCUUGUUGUGACCCAGAAAAAAUAUAGUUUGAAGUGGAUAUUUAGUUUUACUUUAUUUUUCUUUUCCAAAUGUAAGAACAUUGUAGAAUGUGUCUCAUCUUGACUUUUGAACCAGCCGCUGUCAUGACGAGUACAGAGAGGAAGAGAUCAGUGAAGGAAUGAAGUGAGAUAGAAAUCAAGCCAACGAUUGAACCUUUGCUCUAAAAUCCUCCUCUUAAACUGCCAGGCUCGAGCCACAAAAGUGCCUCUAAAAAAGUGCUCUUCAAACAAGAUUAAAACAACAAUUUGAUAGAAGACCUAAUUGUUUUCUUUGAACAACUGAUGUGCUCCUAGAGUCAGGUCAGUUUCAAUGGAAAUAGUUCACGAAAUGAAAAAAAACCGAGGACCUGCCUCCUCUGGUUGCUGCCAAACACAGAGACCCACACACACUUUGAAAAAAAAAACAGGAAGAAAUGUGAAAGUGUGUGAGUUGGUUGACAUGGUUGUAUCAUCAUGCUGGCUUCUUUUUUUUUUUUUUUACUUUUCCUCAAGAGAAGCACUUUUUUCUAGCAGACGGCACUUCACCUUUAGGAAUCUCCCCAGGAAACCUUUAGUCUCCUCACUUGUGUCCUCCAGAGGUUUUCACUGCCUGAGACUCGUGGUUCCUUCAAAGACCCAGAAUCCACCUGGUUUCUUUUGUGAGGACUCUUCUUCCUUCACCCGUCUUCCCUCUAACAGUUAUCUUUUUUUUUUUUUUAAAGUUCCCUCGAUAACGACAUACUGCAGCCGGCUCUCGGCUGCCUGACAUAUCUAAAACAUAGACUAUAUUUUUGGAAUAUAACACAGACACAUCUUUACGCAGUCUUUUAAAAAGAUGCAUCAUCAUCAUAUUAAUGGUGAACCCUGACAUAUGUGAAUGGCAAAGAACAAGAAUAACAGUGACAGAUGAGGAAAAAUGUGGUAAAGAAUGUUAUUGCAGUGUACGAAAUAUCUCAAAAAUGAAUAUUAUAAUUGCUUUUAUCUCAGUAAGGUGUAUUUUAGGUAGAUGUAUUAAAACUAAGUGAUGAUGUUUAUGAUGUCUGGCAGGUUUACAUUUGUGUGUAUCUUGCAUUUUUUUUGAUCAAACAAAUGGAUGAAGUAUUAGCUUUUUCCCUUAUGCUUUCUCUGUCAUAUCCAGUCUUUACCUUUACAUGUACUUGAGAUAGUAUAGUGGAUCAGAACUGUGGAUGGGAAAUAUCUAUAGACGGCUGUUAGUGGCUUAAUAAUCAAGUAGGAUUUGAACUAGAUUGUGUUGUAGGGAUGCUGACGUGGAUGGCCUAUGGAUUUAUGACUGUAGGUCUUUAUCUGGUAGAAUAUGUAAAUCCCAGAGCAGGUUUCACUCCGAGCUCAGUGGUUUUGGAUAUCUCGGAGUUUAGAGCCUUUUUAACCAUUCACCACCAGCCUUUAAAAACCUGAGCCCAAAGUUAACCCUAAACCUCAAAGUGAAACAGGUGCUCCUUUAGCUACUGUUCUGUCCGUGGCAUGGCAAACACAAGUGACAUAUCCACGAGUUCACACGGGGCCGAGCUCCUGCAUCACCUGUGACGUCCUCCGUCACAGGAGGAGCCCCGCUCACUCCGCCUUUAGCAGACAUUAAAUGUUGACUGAAAAAGAACAAAGAGAAGAAAGAAACAAAAAAAAAAGAUAGCAUAUAAACAAGGAAAAAUAAAAUACAUAUUGCUGCUUUUAGCCACGGUUGCUGAUGGACGACAACUGUAGACCACUAGAUCAUUUCAAUCUUUUGCAAGAUGAACAGCAAGCUGAAAACAUGCACAAACAGACCCGAUGAAGUGUUCAGCAGCCCCGGCCUCCCCCAACCCACCCAGUCACCCCCAUAUUCCUCCUCCUCCUCCUCCUCCUCCUCCUCUUCUCUCAGCUGCUUUGUAGAGUCAAAGGAAAAGGGUCUGAAAAUACGGCGAUAUCUGGAAGAAUGCAGUCACUGAAAUUCCCGAGGCUUUGACAUUCAAAGCACUGCAGGGGGAAACGCGACUGACUGCGAGACUUGCAGUAUCGCUCAUAGUCAUAUAUUUGUUUUGUUUGUUGUCAUAUGAUAUAUUAUUUUCUGUUUGUAUAAAACAGGACCUCGAAAAACAACACAACACAUCACCUCAUUUUUAUUUGUUUUAUUUUUUUUUUCUUACCAAAACCUCGGGAGAAGAAACUCACACUUUUGCACAAUUGCUUGUAAUCCGAUUUGUAUACUGUAGGAUAUGAAAAGCCCAACCAUGAGCAGCUGACGGCCCCUGCCUGUUAGACAGGUGAAUAUUCCCCUUGGAGCAACUGAAAAUUCGGAAUCACCAAGCAAUGAUGUUGUAAAAGCUUCCCGACAGUCUGACUGUUUAACCACAUCUUCAUCGCUGAAAUUGUAGAUUUUAUAUUCAGAGUUCUGAACUAAUUUGAACCUUAUUUUACACUUAUUAGUCUCCCCCUGGAAGGUCAUUAUUUUGAUGAUGACUCUUGUCAAACGAUCAAACUUGUCAUUGAUCCUAAAUAAAUUCGCUGUCGGCACCUUUCUGAUAAAUUUACCUGAUAUAUAUAAAAAAAAAAGAGCCAAGAUUCAAAUUUGAUCUUUAUUAUGAGUUUAAAAAUGUGUCUUUAAGAAAAAUCCUCCUGGCUCAAGCCAGAUUUGUAGCAAUCAAAUUGAGCAUUUAUAUUUUUGUAACAAAGAUUAAUUUAAUCCUAAAAAAAAGGGUUAAGGAAAAGUUUUGGGCAUGUAUUAAGUUUGUCCUCCCUGGGUUUCUGUGAGCUAAUCUGAAUUCUAGCACUUUCAACCUUUAAAAAAGAGUAUUUUUUUUUUUCAUUUAAAAUUUCAGCUUAUAUGUUCAUAUGUUUUUUAAUUUUGUAUUGAUCCUGUACAUGUAUGUGCCAUUAGUUUGAUGUGUAGACUUUAUCAACCUUUGUGUAUUUCUCUUCUCCAAAAGAAUAACAGUAUUUUUGAUAGACUUCUCACUAAUACCCUUCUUCAUACGAGCCCCCUGCCCCUUCCCCUCUGAAGCUUUUGUUUUGGGAAACCAGCUUUGCCUUCUUUCUCAUAAAUUUAUAGAAUCAAACUCUGCAGCCAAGUUCUUGAAGAGAGCAGCAGCGACGUGUCUGUUAUUCUGAGGCAAUGACAAACGAUGGUUGUCAGGGGGCGUCGAAGCCACAACCUGACCACAAGCUUCCACUGAGACUGUUGCAACCGAGGCACACCUGCAGGCCAUUUAUAUACAAUGUAACUGAAUAAACAUCGUGUCAGGAGUGACCCCAAAUUAUAAGCACUUAAAGCAGACCGCCCUGGUCCCUGCUAACAGGAGCAACUUCCUGCUUUAAUGACUCGAUUGUGUGACUGAGGCCACCAUGUUGCAGAGGAGGACACUGUCAGUUUCUCAUCGUGAAGUGGAUCAACUUAGCAAAUAGGCGAAAAAUAAACAAAUAUAAUUUUAUAUUUUUUAAGACGGAAGUGAAAGUGUGUGGUCAGGCUGUGCUCGUGGCUGGAAACACCGACACCAUCAGAACUCACAGCUAUUGUCUUUAUUUUAUUUUCAGAUUGACCCAGGACUGGGUCAGUCAUUAAUCAAUCCCAUCCCGAUGUGUAUGGAAACCAAUUACUGAAAGAAAAAAAACGAAUCACCUCAAAUUAAUAAAAUACAGUAUUAAAUCAAGAUUAUUGACUGUUUUUAAAUAAUCCCUAUUUACAAAAUUGAAAUUCGCUUUAAAAUUAAAAAAAUAUUAUUGGUAUCAUAAUUUAGAUUUGGUUUAUAAAAACGUAUGUAAUGAAGACAAAGAUUUGACGUAGCAUUUUGAAAUUUUGCAAACACACAUUUGGAUUUAGUGAGUCAAAUUUGUGUUUUCUAUUACUACGCACUAAGACAUCAUUAGCAAAUUCAGUGAGUGGAAAGUAAAGUCAUUUGCUUUAACUUCUCAUCUGCUACUUUAUCAUUUUAAAUGUAUGGCAUCAAAAUUGAUAGUUAAGUUAAGCUUUUCAUUUAGUUGAAAAGAAGUUUAUUUUUUGGCAGAAAUAAGCUUCCAUACACAAGCUAACAGGAAAAAAAGCUGACACCAAACCAGUGCGCGUCAGAAACACUUGAUAUGAGAUGGAUGCUCAUGUUGCUCUGUUCUGUGGCUCGGCUGUAGAUCCAUUACCUCGACCUGCACCUACUAGGGAUGCACUUAUCCUCAACUUUUCCUCUUUACUAGUAGGUGCAGAACAUAAAAAAAGUUAAGGGAAUUUUUUCAUCAGUUUAAGCUGAAAACUGAUUUGAUUUUUAAUAAUGCUCUCUCUCUCUCUCUCCCUCUCUUUUUUGCUUUUAGUAAGAAACUGGGUACUGUCUGAUGCAGACAACAUCCACGUGUAGUUUUAUAUAUUUCUAGCUUAAUGUAAGUCUUGCAUUCCAACCUCUUUGUGUAUCUCGUUUAGUGACAUAGCCCUUUAUUUUUUAUCACUUGCUAUAACAGCCACGUCUGGAAUAAAAAAAAGGUGAAAUAAGGUGAACGAAAAUAGAAUAUUUUGCAUUCACUGACACUAUUUUAUAUAGCAUGGAGUUUAUCAACUACAGGGAGAAUUAUAUAAAUAAUGUGCUUCAGAGAAAGGAAGAAAACGAGAAGAAGUCUCGCUUUUUUGUUACAUAUCUCACAUGCAAUCAGUUGCUGCAGUGUAAAAGUGACAGAUUUGUAUAUUGGUUGAUCCAAAGAGAUGAUGAACACAACAACAGAACUAUUGACUUAUUGUACAGUACAGUGUAUCUUUGAGUUGUCAUGUGUUAUGUUGAAAUGAUUAAAAGACAAACCAGCGGUUUCAUA